GCCGAAUUUAUUGUGUCUUGUUUCCACUCUCUUCGGUUGGCUGUCCCCCACGAAACCAUACACCGUCUCGUCUACCACUUCUAGCAUGAGUUGGAUAGCUCGCCAAGCGCAAAGCGCAAGCGACCAAGUUACCACGCCCUUCCACGACAUCCACGCCAUUGACCUGAGAAUCCGUGCCCUUACCACGAUCCUGUCAAUUCUUGAUCCUCAAGCUGGCUCUCCUACCAAAGGUCCCUCGUCAAUCGAGUUCAAAGUUGCGAUGCAUAUUGCCACGCUUCUCACCCGUGGUGCGGACAAGAAGAGAGGCAGGAUGGGGCCGAACAUUCGACCGAUUGCAGUCGCCACGCGAACGACGGUGGAUUCCGUGAAUAUCCUUGCGACGAUUGAUAGAGAUGACAACGGAUAUCCAGAUACCCCUGAGAGUGGGCUCUCAAACGAUUUUGUUGUCACCCAAAAUCCCACAUCAGAUGAUGACCCUAAUGGAUUUGGUGUCACUGUGACUGAGAUUGAAUCUAAUGAUCUAGACGACGUCCAACGCGAUGAACUCUUGAGCAGGUGAUCAGCUCCCCUUUCUACACGUCGCCCUGAUUCAUCAUUACCAUUGCCUUUAGCGACCGCCCCCCAGAGGAUAUCACUCUGAGUCAGCAUGCAGCAGACGUCAUGUCUUUAUUUAACAAUAUCCGCACCGUACGGCGAAGUGGACUCGAACAAGCCCUUGCCGUUCGACGUAUCACUACAUUC